UUUUCAACCUCUCAUAACAAAAAAAAAAAAUGGCGACCGCGUCUCUCGUCCCGACAUCUAACAUCUUCCAUGUCUCUCCUACAUUCACAUCUUCAGUCAGAACAAGACCUAGCUUCAUUGUUGCAUCCUCUCAACAACAACAACCAAGAAGGAGAGACUUACUCCUGAAGUCAGCGGUGGCGAUUCCAGCGAUUCUGAAUUUGAAGGAAGCUCCUAUCUCUGAGGCGCGUGAGGUAGAAGUAGGAUCGUUCUUACCACCUUCUGAGUCUGACCCUUCUUUGGUCCUCUUCAAAGCCAAACCUUCUGAUACUCCUGCUCUCCGCGCAGGAAACGUGCAGCCGUAUCAGUUUGUUCUACCCCCAAACUGGAAACAGCUGAGAAUAGCCAACAUCUUGUCAGGAAACUACUGCCAACCGAAAUGCGCAGAGCCAUGGAUAGAAGUGAAGUUUGAGAAUGAGAAGCAAGGGAAAGUUCAAGUGGUUGCAUCUCCUUUGAUUCGUUUAACCAACAAGCCGAAUGCAACUAUUGAAGAUAUCGGUGAGCCUGAGAGAGUGAUUGCUUCUCUUGGUCCCUUUGUCACUGGAAACUCUUAUGAUUCUGAUGAGCUUGUGAAUACAUCUAUCGAAAAGAUCGGUGAUCAAACGUACUAUAAGUAUGUGUUGGAGACGCCAUUUGCGCUAACGGGAAGUCAUAACCUUGCAAAAGCUACAGCGAAGGGAAACACGGUGGUUUUGUUUGUGAGCAAGUCAAGUGGUUACAAGAUGAGGGACUUCUUCUGGUGGUGGAAGGACGCAGGAGUAGGUUACAUACUUGACACCGUCAACAAGAACAACUAUGAAAACAUGGGACAGUGACUUUCUACCUCCAGCCAUGUCUCCAUCACUGCCUUCUUCUCUGGGAUCAGUAAGUAUAGAUACAACCAUAGAUGGAAAUGGCUUGGUUGUUCCAAAGUUGUCUUUGUUAGAACUGUUUUGAUCUUUGGUUAAAUCGGAUACUGGAAAACCACCACGGAGGAUUCUUCUGUUAUUGUUUCCCUUGUGUUUAUUGGUGGUGUUCUUGGGAUGUUGAGUAGCAGGAAUGAUGGCUCCAGAGUUUGAGGAGACAUCAAACUGAAACACUUCGGUGCACAUCCCUGAACUGAACAUUGGUCCUAGUAGUUGAUACAUUUAACAAAAACGGGUGUUAUGAUAUGCAAAUGCAAUCAGUUCAACUUACUCAGUAUACUGUUUUCAAUCUCUAGGAGCUGCCAUCUACCAAAGACUAUUUCUAUUUAUUUUAUUAUGUGAUUACCUGCAACACCUUCACGAAACCAUUGCUGCAUUUCACCAUUGGCUGUUGUUGAGUUGCGUUGGUCUUUCGAAUCAUCAGAGCCAGAAGAUGACAGAGCUUCUCUCUUUUCGGUCUUUAGUUGCUUAGGCAUAUCCCUGGUCCUUGUGGAGUCAGAUGAACGCAGUGCAGGCUUCGUUUCAGAAGCCAUGUCUUUCUCGCUAGCCGAAAGAGAAUGAAUAAUCAAGUUCCCAUCUAGCUUCACAAGCUUCUUAUUCCUCGGAACAAAUAGUGACGCAACUAUUAGUUCACUACUGUUUCCAAGAGGCACAGAGUUAACUGUUGCAGAUACGCUUCUUCCCACUCCUUGAUCAGAACCUCUCCCACACUGUGAUCUACAACUACUAUUAACUGAGGAAUCUAAUAAAUCUCUUUCUUCCCACUCCUUGAAGCUAACGUUCACAAUCGGAGCCAACGCACCUAACAAAAACAAACAAAAGAGAAGACCAAGAACACUAACACUAGCAACUUUCUUGGUCUUAGCUUCUGAGUUCUUCACCUUAGCAGCAAAGGAUUGUUGUGGUUUCAACCUAGGAAUAGGAAGCAUAGGCACUACUUGAUGACAACCUUGCGGUUUAACCAUAUAAGGC